AUGGAUUUCCCUGACAGUGUCUCCCUGCGAGCUGUAGGAUUCUGUGCAUUCCUCUUUUUGGUCUUCCUUGUUUUGCCUACCUGUGCCCAAGAUGGAGUGAUAGAACCUGAGCCCGCUGUGGAAGAAAUCCCACAAGGAGCAUCCACCUUGGCUUUUGUCUUUGAUGUGACAGGAUCAAUGUACGAUGACUUAGUUCAGGUCAUUGAAGGUGCUUCCAAAAUUUUGGAAACCUCCUUGAAGAGACCCAAGAGGCCACUUUACAAUUUUGCACUGGUUCCAUUCCAUGAUCCAGAAAUUGGUCCUGUAACCAUUACCACAGAUCCUAAGAAAUUUCAAUAUGAACUCAGAGAACUAUAUGUUCAGGGAGGUGGUGACUGUCCAGAGAUGAGCAUUGGAGCCAUCAAAAUUGCUCUAGAAAUUUCUCUUCCUGGUUCAUUCAUCUAUGUAUUUACUGAUGCACGGUCCAAAGAUUAUAAACUGACUCAUGAGGUCUUGCAGCUGAUUCAGCAGAAGCAGUCCCAGGUUGUAUUUGUUCUAACUGGAGACUGUGAUGACAGAGCACAUAUUGGUUACAAAGUCUAUGAAGAGAUUGCUUCAACAAGUUCUGGUCAAGUUUUUCACCUGGAUAAAAAACAAGUUAAUGAGGUACUGAAAUGGGUAGAAGAAGCUGUGCAAGCUUCCAAAGUUCACCUAUUGUCUACAGACCAUUUAACUUCAGGAAGAAGCUUUUGGCAGAUCCCUUUUGAUCCUAGCCUGAAAGAAGUUACAGUGUCACUAAGUGGUCCUUCUCCAGAAAUUGAAAUUCAUAACCCUUUGGGUAAACUUGUAAAAAAUGGAUUUGGCUUGAAUGAAUUACUAAAUAUUGAAAAUUCUGCUAAAGUAGUGAACAUAAAAGAUCCAGUACCAGGAACAUGGACUAUUCAGACAUCAAGUAGUGGACGACACUCUAUUCGUAUCACUGGACUUAGCAAUAUUGACUUCAGAGCUGGAUUUUCCAGGAAGCCUACACUAGACUUCAAAAUGACUUCUACUAGACCAGUACAAGGGAUACCUACCUACAUUCUACUCAAUACUACAGGAAUCCAUCUUCCAGCUAGACUAGAUCAUUUAGAACUGCUAAGCAUUGCUGGAGACCCUCUCAAGACUGUUCCUAUAAAACCCUUUCCUGAAAGGAAUCCUUAUGGAAUCUGGAAUAUCUCUGAAUUUAUUCCACCAAAUGAAGCCUUCUUCCUUAAAAUAACUGGCUAUGACAAAGAAGAUUACCUCUUUCAGAGAGUUUCAAGUGUUUCAUUUUCUAAUAUUAUUCCUGAUGCUCCAAAAGUCAGCAUGCCCAAGAAAACCCCAGGAUAUUAUUUGCAGCCAAGUCAUAUUUCUUGUCACAUAGCCAGCCUCAUACCUUUUACUGUUCACUUUAGAAGAAAUGGAAUUAAACUGGGAAUGGAUCAGUUUUCCAAAGAAUCUGCUAUUGUAAAUUGGGAGAUUGCCAAAGUAUCUCUUUUGGAUGAGGGCUAUUAUGAAUGUAUUGCUAGCAGUACUGCGGGUACAGGACAAGCAGAGACAUUUUUGGAUGUAUCAGAACCCCCACCAGUCAUACAGGUUCCUAACAAUGUUACUGUCCCUCCUGGUGACAGAGCCAUUCUUACAUGCUUAACUAUGAGUACAGUGCGUUACAAUCUCACCUGGCACAGAGAUAACAAGAAUGUGAAACUCCUGGAACCCUUGAGGAUGCGAAUGAUGAGUAACCUCUCUCUUGAAAUCAAAACAGUCAAAACCUCAGAUGCCGGAGAGUACAACUGUGUGGCUUCUAAUGAAGGUGGUUUCACCAGGGCUUCUGUAUUCCUUACAGUGCAAGAACCCCCCAAAGUUAUUGUGUCACCCAAGAACCAGUCAUUUACUGAAGGGUCUGAAGUAUCUAUCAGUUGCUCUGCAACAGGUUACCCAAAGCCAACUGUGGUGUGGACACAUAAUGAUAUGUUCCUUAUGGUAUCCAACAGGUACAGAUUAACUCCUGGAGGUACUUUAAUUAUAAAAAACACAGUACACAAGGAUGAAGGGGUCUAUGGUUGUUUGGCUAGCAAUGCAGCUGGAACAGUCAAAGGAACAGCUGGCCUCACAUACAUUGAAGUCCCUAGGGUGAUUGUAGUACAAAAUGAACUUUUGAUUGCCCUUGGAGACACCUCUAUAAUGGAAUGCAAAAGCACUGGAGUCCCACCUCCAUUGAUUAGAUGGUUUAAAGGGGAUUUAGAGCUGAGGGCAACAGAAUUUCUUAUUAUUGACUUCUCUCGGGGCAUCCUGAGAAUUCAGGAAACACAAGAUCUGGAUGCUGGUGAUUAUAUGUGUGUUGCCACAAAUGUUGCAGGAUCUGCAUCUGGUAAAAUAACACUGGAUGUUGGUUCUCCUCCAGUUUUCACACAAGAACCUAGUGAUGUAUCUAUGGAUAUUGGUUCAAACAUAACAUUGGCUUGCUAUGUUCAGGGUUAUCCAGAACCGAAGAUGAAGUGGCAGCGGUUGGACGGCACCCCACUUUUCUCAAGACAUUUUGCAGUUAGCUCUGUCAGUCAACUCAGAACAGGAGCUCUUUCCAUUCACAAUUUAUGGGUUAAUGAUGAAGGAACAUAUGUCUGUGAAGCUGAAAACCAGUUUGGAAAGAUUAUCUCAAGCCCAGCUACAGUUACUGUGACGGGACUUGUUGCACCUCUAAUUGCAAUGAGUCCUGCAACAGCUAAUGUCAUUGAAGGACAGCAACUGACUCUGUCAUGUGUACUGCUGGCAGGGAACCCAAUCCCAGAGCGAAAAUGGAUUAAAAGUAGCAUGGUGGUGGUUCAGACUCCCUAUAUCAGCCUCCGGAGUGAUGGAAGUCUUCACCUUGAAAGGGUUCGACUACAGGAUGCUGGAGGCUACACUUGCAUGGCCAGCAAUGUUGCUGGGACAGACAACAAAACAACCACUGUCAAUGUUUUUGUUCCACCCAUAAUUCAGCACGGACAACAAAUCUUUAGUACUAUAGAAGAUGUUCCAGUUACGUUACCUUGCAAAGCCAGUGGAGCUCCUAGGCCAUCCAUAGUAUGGUCCAAGAAAGGAGAAGUGAUUCCUCCCAGUAGUUUAAUGUUUUCUUCUGGAUCUGAUGGAAGUCUUUAUGUAGUUUCUCCGGGAGGUGAAGAGUCUGGGGAAUACAUCUGCACUGCAACCAACGCAGCAGGUUAUGCCACACGGAAAGUACAGCUGACAGUCUAUGUAAAACCAAGAGUUUCCAGACCUGGAAAUCAGCAAGGAAGUUCACCAGAUAACCCAAUUGAGAUGUCAGUGACAGCUGGGGAAGAAGUGACACUGCCCUGUGAAGUGAAAAGUUUGCCACCCCCAAUAAUCACAUGGGCUAAAGAAAUGCAACUUAUCUCUCCAUUUUCUCCAAGACAUACCUUACUCUCUUCAGGCUCAAUGAAGAUUGUUGAGACAUUUGUAUCAGACAGUGGCUUGUACAUCUGUGUGGCUACAAAUAUUGCGGGAAAUGCAACCCAAAAAGUAAAACUAAAUGUCCACGUUCCUCCAAAGAUACAACAUGGGCCUCGAGUGAUUAAAGCAAAGGCUGGUAAUAGAGUUGAUAUAUAUUGUAGUGCUCAAGGAAUCCCAUCUCCAAGAAUUACUUGGCUUAAAGAUCAACAACCCCUUUUGAUAGACAACGAACAAUACGCUUCAUCUCUAGAUGGAAAACUGAGUAUCAUCAAAGUUGUGCUUUCAGAUGCUGGAAUCUAUAAAUGUGUGGCAAGUAAUAUUGCUGGCCAAGAUGAAGCUGAGAUAAUGAUCCAAGUUCAAGAACCUCCAACUGUUGGAACACUUGAUCCGCCAUACAACUCUCCAUUUCAAGAAAGAAUAGCAAAAGAACAAAUUGCCUUCCCAUGUCCAAUCAAAGGUACCCCAAAGCCUGUGAUAAAAUGGCUACAUAACAAUAGGGAGCUUACAGGCAAUGAACCUGGGCUUUCAAUUUUGGAAGAUGGAACUUUGCUGGUCAUUGCCUCUGCCACACCGUACAACAGUGGAGAAUAUAUCUGCACCGCAAUCAAUGAAGCUGGAAACACAGAAAUAAACUACAAGUUGAAAGUUUAUGUUCCACCUGAAAUCAAAGAUCAGGACAAAGUGACCAACACAUCUGUGGCCAUUAACAAGCCUAUAAGUCUGCUCUGUGAGGUAUCUGGUGAUCCUUUUCCAGUCAUCACUUGGUAUAAAGAUGAUGUGCAGGUUCUAGAGGGCAGCAGUUUGCAAGUUUUGGAAAAUGGAAAGUUAUUGAAACUUCUUAAAGUUGCAGCUCAUGAUGCUGGCCAGUAUUCAUGUAAAGCCACCACUAUAGCUGGGAGUUCGGAGAAAUUUUUCACUAUAGAUGUGCAAGUCCCACCUAUUAUAAGAGAUGCUGGAGCCAAUGAAUUUUCAGUUAUCCUCAGCCAACAGGCAACUUUGGAAUGCAAAGUCAGUGGGUCUCCUUUUCCUACCGUGCAGUGGUUCAAAGAUGGCAAGCCCCUCUUUUUAGGUGACCCUAAUAUUGAGGUUUUGGACAAAGGGCAGAUUCUUCAAAUAAAGAGUGCUCGAAGAGUGGACAAAGGACACUACCAAUGCAGCGCAACCAAUUCUGCAGGCAAACAGUUUAAGGAACUCAAACUCAUAAUCCACAUUCCACCUACAAUUAAAGGAGAAAAUAUUACCACUGAGGUGUCAGCAUUGCAAUAUAGCAUCUUAAAGCUGGAGUGUGAAGCAAGAGGAAUUCCAGUUCCUACAAUAACAUGGUAUAAAGAUGGAAGCCCAAUUAUUUCUGGUCCCCAAGCCCUUUAUUUGGAACAUGGACAAUUUCUCCAGAUUCCUCAUGCUCAAGUUUCUGAUUCGGCUCAAUAUAUCUGCCAGGCAACCAAUGAAGCUGGAAUGGCUGAAAAAAUAUUCCAGGUGGAUGUCUACGUACCCCCAAUUAUUGAGGGUAUCAGUGAAACCAUCCAAAACAAGCAAGUGGUUGUUGGAAGUUCACUUAUAUUGGAAUGUAAUGCAGCUGGCAAUCCUCCUCCCCUCUUAACCUGGCUGAAGGAUGGAGUUCCUGUAACAGCAAGUGACAACCUCCAUGUUGUGUCUGGUGGAAAGAAGCUGGAGAUCCUGAAUGCUGUUGUGACUGACCAAGGCCAAUACGUGUGUGUGGCUACCAGCAUAGCUGGGGAACAGGAGAUCAAAUAUAAUGUGGAAAUCCUAGUUCCACCAAGUUUGGAAGGAGGAAAUGAAUCUUCGGACCACAUUGUGAUUUUCCACAGCCACCUAGAGUUGGAAUGUCCAGCAAUAGGAACACCCCUGCCGAUCAUCACAUGGUUCAAAAAUGGCCAACCUAUUGAAGGAGGAGUUGGAUAUAAAAUUUUGCUCAAUGGACGCAGGCUUCUCAUCUCUCGGGCUGAAGUAUCUGAUGCAGGCCAUUAUCAGUGUAUAGCCACCAACAAGGCGGGCGAAAGCAAGAAAGAAUUUGAUGUGAUUGUGCAUGUCUCUCCAACAAUCAAAAUGAGUGGUCCUUCUGAAAGAUUUGUGGUGAUGCACAAACCAGUAACCCUGCAGUGUAUUGUUAAUGGCAUACCAAUCCCUUCUAUCACAUGGCUAAAAGAUAAUCAGCCUGUAAAUACUGCUAGAGACAACAUUGGACUGGAAUCUUUAGGGCGCAUUUUGCAGAUUGCCAAGACCUUAAAAGAAGAUGCUGGCAAAUAUACCUGUACAGCAACAAAUGCAGCUGGUGAAGCCCAGCAAUCCAUUUAUCUGAAUGUAUAUGAGCCGCCUAGUCUGAAGGAUGCAGGAAUGGUAAGAAAUGAGACUGUAAUUGUGAACAAUCCAAUACAACUAGAAUGCAAAGUGUCUGGAAAUCCUUUGCCAGUUGUCACAUGGUACAAAGAUAACCUUCCUCUCAUCAAUAUUGCUGGCAUCACUUUCUUGAACAGAGGGCAAAUUGUCCAAAUAGAUGCAGCCCAGAUCUCUGAUACUGGGAUUUAUAAAUGUGCGGUGACAAAUGCAGCAGGAGUAGCUGAAUUAUUCUACAAUCUUCAGGUCCAUGUCCCACCUUUGAUUUCCGGAAAUAAUGAAAUUGUAACUGUUGUAGUUAAUGAUCAGGUGAGGUUGGAGUGUGAAGCUCGUGGAAUUCCUGCUCCUAUUGUAACCUGGUUGAAGGAUGGCAGUCCUGUUUCUAGUGUUUCAAGUGGACUCCAGAUUCGUUCUGGAGGUCGUAUCCUGGCACUGAUGAGUGCUCAGAUUAGUGAUACUGGAAGGUUCACAUGUGUAGCAGUAAAUGCAGCAGGAGAAAAACAAAGGGAUAUUGAUCUCAGAGUUUAUGUUCCACCUAAUAUUAUGGGAGAGGAACAGAAUGUCUCUGUGGCCAUGGGGGAGCAUUUGGAACUCCGCUGCCGAAGUGAUGCUAUCCCUCCACCUACGCUUCAGUGGCUGAAGGAUGGUCAGCUCCUGCAGAAGAAGCUGGGUCUCACCAUUACUGAAGAUCGGAGUGUACUGAAGAUUGAACAAGCACAGGUGCAAGACACUGGACGCUAUACUUGUGAAGCAACAAACAUUGCUGGGAAAAUGAAAAAAAACUACAACGUCAAUGUAUGGGUGCCAUCAAGUAUUUACAGCUCAGACACAGUGACUCAGCUGACCGUGAUUGAAGGGAACCUCAUCAGCAUGAUGUGUGAAUCCAGUGGAAUUCCACCACCCAUUCUUGCUUGGAGGAAGAAUGGUUCUCCACUGCUAGUUGACCCUUCAGGGAGAGUCAGAAUCUUAUCUGGAGGAAGACAACUGCAAAUUUCUAUUGCUGAAAAUUCAGAUUCAGCCUCCUAUACAUGCAUAGCUUCAAAUGUAGCUGGAACAACAAAAAAAGAAUAUAAGUUGUUAGUGUAUGUUCAUCCAACUAUUCUGGACAAUGGAAAUAUACAAUCGGAUGUCAUUGUAACUCAAGGGAAUGAUAUUUCACUUGAAUGCCAAGCAGAUGGCAUACCACAGCCAACUGUCACCUGGAUGAAAGAUGGUCAACUGUUAGCCAAUGAAAGACGAGUUGAAAUACUAAAGGAGGGGCAUGGUCUUCGACUUAAAAGUGCACAGGUGUCGGACACUGGUCGCUAUGUAUGCAUUGCUGUGAAUGUGGCAGGACUGACCGACAAGAAAUAUGACUUAAGUGUUCAUGUCCCCCCAAGAAUUAUGGGUAAUCUGGUGCAACCAGAAAAUAUAAGUGCUGUGGAGAAAAGCCCUGUCACCCUGAUUUGUGAAUCUUCUGGAAUUCCCCAGCCAUCAAUAAUGUGGUUGAAGAAUGGGCAGCCAGUCACUUUAAGUAACUCUGUGAGAAUCCUAUCAGGUGGCAGGAUGUUACGUUUGAUGCAGGUGAAAAUAGAAGAUGCUGGUCAUUAUAUCUGUGUAGUAACUAACAUUGCAGGAGAAGUCAGGAAAAACUUUGAACUUUCAGUUUUAGUAUCCCCAAGCAUUGUAGGAGAAAAUAAACUGGAUGAUGUAAAAGUAAAAGAAGGACAUGGCAUUACACUGACAUGUGAAGUCACAGGAAACCCUAUUCCAGAGAUCACUUGGCUAAAAGAUGGGCAAACUUUUCUACAGGAUGAUGGCUAUCAGUUAAUGUCUAGUGGACGUUUUCUUCAAAUUACAAAUGCUCAAGUUGCUGACACAGGGAGAUAUACCUGUGUUGCCUCCAAUACAGCUGGAGAUAAAAGAAAAAGCUUCAGUGUUAAUGUACUUGUGUCUCCAUCCAUUGUGGGUUCAGAUAAUGACGGGGGUGCAGAAGAAGCCACGGUUAUCUUAAAUAACCCAACCUCCUUAGUUUGUGAGGCUUACUCAUAUCCAUCAGCCACAAUCACCUGGUUAAAAGAUGGAGCUCCCAUAGAGUCAAAUAAGAACAUCCGGGUUUUACCAGGUGGUCGAACUUUACAGAUUCUGAAUGCCCAGGAGGACAAUACUGGUAGAUAUACUUGUAUAGCUACAAAUGAAGCGGGGGAAACAUUAAAACAUUAUGAGGUGAAAGUUUAUAUUCCUCCUACGAUAAGCAGAGGGGAUUUGUCAGGAUUGGGCUUGUCCCCUAAGGAGGUGAAGAUCAGAAUGAACAACAGUCUUAUCCUGGAAUGUGAAGUCCAUGCAAUUCCUGCUGCUGCCAUCAGAUGGUACAAGGAUAGACAGCCACUUACAUCAGAUGAUCAUCUAACAAUCCAAGGUGGUGGACGCAUCCUUCAAAUUAAGGCAACUGAGAUAUCUGACACUGGCCGAUACAGUUGUGUUGCUUCAAACAUAGCUGGUGAGGAUGAGCUGGAGUUUGAUGUCAGUAUACAAGUUCCUCCAAGUUUUCGAAAACCAUUUGGAUUCUGGGAAGAUGGAAAUGUGCUAAGUAGAAGUCAAAGUGGAAGAGCCAAAGAUGUGAUUGUAAACAAUCCUCUGUCUUUAUACUGUGAAACUAAUGCUGUGCCUCCUCCAGUACUUACAUGGUAUAAAGAGGAUUUUCCAUUGAAUUCCAAUGAUAAAGUACUCAUACUUCCAGGAGGUCGUGUGUUGCAGAUUCCUAGAGCUCAGAGUGAAGAUGCUGGACGAUAUACCUGUGUGGCCAUUAAUGAAGCCGGAGAAGAUUCUAUCCAAUAUGAUGUCCGCGUGCUUUUGCCACCAUACUUUAAUGGUGCCAGCAGUGAUGUGACUGAGGAGCUGACUGUACUUCUGGACAAGAUGGCAAUGAUGGAAUGUACAGCAGAGGGCAGUCCUCCUCCAAACAUAAUCUGGGAGAAAGAUGGACAGCUAAUAGUUGAAGAUUCCCAUCACAAAUUCCUACUAGAUGGAAAAAUUCUUCAGGUUCACAAUACCCAAAUAGCAAAUACAGGCAGGUAUGUCUGUCUUGUGGAGAACAUAGCAGGACGUGCCAAAAGAUAUUUUAAUCUUAAUGUCCAUGUUCCUCCCAAUAUUAUUGGAAUUAAUCCUGAGAACCUAACUGUUGUGGUGAAUAACUUCAUCUCAUUGACAUGUGAGGUCACUGGCUUCCCACCUCCUGAUCUCAGUUGGCUCAAGGAUGGAAAACCUCUCAGCUUGAACACAAAUAUUCUCAUUAUUCCUGGUGGUCGCAAACUGCAGAUUCCUAAGGCACGUUUAUCUGAUGGUGGUGAAUAUAUUUGCAUAGUCAGAAAUAGUGCUGGAGAAAGCAUUAAGAGAACUUUCCUUACUAUUCAUGUUCCUCCAAGUAUUAAAGGCCAGAGCAGCAUACCUCCUGCAAUAAUCAAUGUGAGAGUGGGAAUGCCAGUGACAUUAGAGUGUGAGUCCAAUGCUGUUCCACCUCCCAGCAUCACCUGGUACAAAAAUAACCGUAUGAUCUCAGUUUCAUCCAAUGUGGAGAUAGUAGCAGAUGGUCAGACACUCCAUAUCAAGAUGUCUGAGGUAUCUGAUACAGGCCAGUAUGUAUGCAAAGCCAUAAAUAUUGCAGGACGUGAUGACAAAACUUUCCAUCUUAAUGUUCAUGUACCGCCUACCAUUGAAGGCCCUCAGCAAGAGUGGAUCAAUGAAACCAUCAGAAAUCCUAUAACUCUUACCUGUGAUGCUACUGGAAUUCCUCCACCAUCAAUAACUUGGCUUAAGAAUGGAAAACCACUUGAAAAUUCUGCCACCCAUGAGUUGCUUAUUUUGCCAGGAGGAAACAAGCUGCAAAUUGCCAGGCCUCACUAUUCUGAUAAUGGAAAUUACUCUUGCAUUGCUUCAAAUGUAGAAGGCAAAGCUAAGAAAUUUUAUGUUCUUUCUGUUGAAAUUCCUCCAGAUAUUGUUGGUUCUGAAAUGCCAAGUGAAGUUAGUGGCAUCCUUGGAGAAAACAUCCAACUUUCCUGUGAGGCCAGUGGAACCCCUACACCUGCCAUUCAGUGGCUAAAAGAUGGGAAACUAAUCACCAGUGAUGAAUCUCAGCAGAUCAGCCUGGCUCCAAAUGGGAGCUUACUGCACAUUUUUGGAGCUCUUACAAGUGAUGGAGGAAAAUAUACUUGUGUUGCUACCAAUCCUGCAGGGGAAGAGGACCGGAUAUUCAGUGUGAAUAUAUAUGUGCCACCCACUAUCAAUAAAAAUAAAGAGGAACCUGAGGCCCUAACUGUGAUAUUAGACACUUCAAUAAACAUUGAAUGUCAAGCAGUGGGCACUCCACCUGCCCAAAUAAAUUGGCUGAAGAAUGGUCUUCCCCUCUCUACAUCUUCCCACAUCAGGUUACUUUCAGCUGGACAAGUACUCAGAAUUGUUAAAGCACAGGUAGCUGACACUGGCAUGUACACAUGUGUAGCCUCCAACAGAGCUGGUGUUGACAAUAAACGUUACAGUCUUCAGGUUUAUGUACCCCCAAGCAUAGACAAUGGUGGAGAAACAGAACUAACUGUACUAAAAGGCAAUCCCGUGUCUUUGAUGUGUUUGGCUAAUGGAAUACCAACACCGACAAUAUCAUGGCUGAAAGAUGGUCAGACUUUAAGCAAAAACCUUCAUGUGGCUUUUGAAAAUCAAAAAAUGGGUCUUCGUAUAUUAAACUCAGAGAUUAAUGAUUCAGGUAGAUAUACCUGUAUAGCAUCUAAUGAAGCUGGGGAAGAUAACCAACACUUUACUCUGAAAGUGCUAGAACCCCCUCAUAUUAAUAAAUCAGAUAACCCAGAAGAAAUUUCUACAGUGAUUAACAAUCCUCUUGAGCUCCUCUGUAUCUCCGAUGGGAUUCCAAUCCCGAAGCUAACGUGGAUGAAGGAUGGACGCCCACUGCCUCAAACAGAGUCUGUUCAUGUCCUAAGGGGAGGACAGGUCUUCAGAAUAUCCAGUGCUCAGGUAGAAGAUACUGGAAGAUAUACAUGUUUGGCUUCUAGCCCUGCAGGAGAUGAUGACAAAGAAUAUUUAGUGAGAGUACAUGUUCCCCCAAAUAUUGCUGGCACAAGCAAUUCUCAAAAUUUUAGUGUGCUACAGAACCAGCAGGUUAUACUGGAGUGCAAAUCAGAUGCAGUCCCUCCUCCUGUGCUUACAUGGCUCAAAGAUGGAGAAAUUUUGGAGGCCACGCCCCGAGUUCGCAUUUUAUCCAGUGGAAGAUAUUUGCAAAUCAACAACGCAGACUUAAACGAUGCAGCAAGCUACACCUGUGUUGCAAGUAAUGUUGCAGGCCGAACCACAAGAAAGUUUGUGUUGGCUGUCAAUGUUCCUCCUUCAAUCAAAAAUGGUUCUCAGACUAUGAUUGUGAAUAUUAAUAUGUCUGCUGUCUUGGAGUGUGUUGUGGAAGGUGUUCCAGCCCCAAGACUUUCAUGGAGAAAAGAUGGAGUCCUUUUAGCUGGAAACAAUGUCAGAUAUUCCCUAUUAGGAAAUGGAUCCCUUCAUAUACAUUCAACCCAAGUUACUGACACUGGGAGAUACCUUUGUAUGGCAACCAAUGUGGCUGGCACUGAGCGUAAGCGAAUUGAUCUUCAGGUCCACGUUCCUCCAUAUGUUGCUCCAGGACCUGUCAAUGUCACAGUACCUGUAAAUAUACAAACCACACUAGCCUGUGAAACUACAGGGAUUCCUAAGCCAGCCAUAACCUGGAAGAAGAAUGGGCAUGUUCUCAAUUUGGAUCAGAACUCAUUCAGGCUUUUGUCUUCAGGUUCACUAGUAAUCCUUUCUCCUACUGUAGAAGACACUGCACUCUAUGAGUGUGUAGUAACCAAUGAAGCAGGCAAAGAUCAAAGGACCAUUAGCCUCAUGGUAGAAGUGCCACCAUCCAUAGCAGAUGAAGUUACAGAUCUAUUAGUAACCAAGUCAUCCCCCAUAAUAAUCCCCUGCACAGCAUCAGGGGUUCCAGUGCCUUCAAUCCUUUGGACCAAGAAUGGAAUGAAGCUUCCUUCUCGAGGAAAUGGCUUCAGAAUUCUGUCUUCAGGUGCUAUUGAUAUAAGUGCUGCUCAAUUAGACCAUGCAGGAAAAUAUGCUUGCACUGCAUGGAAUGCUGCUGGAUCUGCCUAUAAACAUAUCACCCUUCAUGUUCAGGAACCACCAACCAUACGAGUGCAAACGGGAGCAUUAGAUGUUAUUCUGAACAACCCAGUUCUCCUGCCCUGUGAAGCAUUCGGCACACCUCAUCCUGUACUAUCAUGGCAGAAGGAAGGGGUCAGUGUUAUUACAACAGGAAAUAGGCAUACAAUGCUUCCCAAUGGCAGCCUUCAGAUUUCUAAAGCUGCUGUUGAAGAUGCUGGAACUUACAUGUGUGUUGCUCAGAAUCCAGCAGGCACUGCUCUUGGGAAGAUCAAAUUAAAAGUUCAAGUCCUUCCAGUUAUCAAAGCACAUCCCACAGAAUAUGUGGUUGUUGUGGAUAAUCCUGUCACCCUGUUGUGUGAAGCCGAAGGCUACCCGUUUCCUGUGAUUGCCUGGCAAAAAAAUGGACAGAUAAUCACAGAGUCCAUGCGGCGAAGGGUUCUCAGCACAGGAGGUUUGCAUAUUGCCUUUGUUCAGCCUACAGAUACUGGACAUUAUAUUUGCAAUGCUACUAAUGUGGCUGGAUCCAGCAGUUCCAGUAUAGAACUCACUGUCCUUGUCCCACCAAAGAUCCAUGCAGCUGAGAGCCACUAUACGGUUGUUGAAAAUUCACAAGUAGUUCUAUCUUGUAUUGCUGAUGGGAUGCCAGCACCCUCAGUGACCUGGAGGAAAGAUGAUGCAAGCCUUUCAGCUGAGCAAAGAUCUGAACCAUACGAAGACUUCAUUAUAGAGAAUGCUAAGCUGGAAGAUUCUGGGAGCUACACCUGUAUUGCUAGCAAUGUGGCUGGUGAGGACACCCACACUGUCAGUUUAACGGUUUACGUGCUCCCAACUUUUACUGAACUCCCUGGAGAUGUAGCUUUAAACAAAGGAGAACAAUUGCAAUUAACUUGUAAAGCAACAGGAGUUCCUGUACCCAACAUUAGAUGGACAUUUAACAAUAAUAUUAUCCCAGCACAAUAUGAUGGAGUAAAUGGACUGAGUAAACUUGUUAUUGAAAGAGUGUCUAAGGAAGAUUCAGGAACCUAUGUGUGUAUGGCAGAAAAUCUGGUUGGUUCUAUCAAGGCUUUUGGAUCUGUUUAUGUUAAAGAACCUCCGGUAUUCAUGGGAGAUUAUCAUUCCAGUCGGAUCGAACCUUUGGGUGGCAAUGCCAUUCUCAAUUGUGAAGUCAGAGGAGACCCUCCUCCAACUAUUCAGUGGAGCAGAAAAGGAGUUGGCACUUUGAUCAGCAAUCGAAUCAGGCAACUUAGCAAUGGAUCCCUUUCCAUCCAUGGCACUGUAAAUGAAGAUGCUGCAGAAUAUAUAUGUAUAGCUACAAAUGAUGCUGGGGUGGUUGAACAUCGUGUCACUCUUACAUUACAUAGUGCACCUGUUAUUAAAACUGAACCAGUAGAAAUCAUCGUUGAUGCUGGAACUACAGCAGUGCUGAACUGCCAAGCAGAAGGAGAACCUCGUCCAACUAUUGAAUGGUCUCGUCAAGGCUGGCCUCUUCUGAAUCAAGACCGAAUGACUGUUUUGACGAAUGGCUCCUUGCGUAUUUCAGUUGCUCAUAAAGAGGAUACUUCUGAAUAUGAAUGUGUAGCUAGGAACCUUAUGGGUUCUGUCCUUGUCAAAGUGCCAUUCAUUGUCCAGGUUCACGGUGGGUUUUCUCAAUGGCUUGACUGGCAACCGUGUAGUGUAACAUGUGGCCCAGGUGUCCAAAAGAGGAUUCGUCUAUGCAACAAUCCCUUUCCUGCUAAUGGUGGACGAAACUGUAUGGAGCCUGAUUAUGAAAUACACAGCUGUCAGAGCAAGUUGUGUCCAGUGGAUGGAAGCUGGUCAGAAUGGGGGUCUUGGGAAGAAUGCUCUAAAACCUGUGGGCGAGGCAACAAAACCAGAACCAGAAGUUGCAGCAACCCUCCAGCUCAACACAGAGGAAGACCUUGUGAAGGCAAUGCAGUGGAGUUGAUGGUGUGCAACAUAAGGCCCUGCCCAGUUAAUGGUGCCUGGAGUUCCUGGUUAUCAUGGGGACCUUGCAGUGAGACAUGUGGCAAAGGUACUCAGAACAGAAUAAGGCUAUGCAAUAAUCCUCCUCCAUCAUUUGAUGGUUCUAACUGUGAUGGGCCUGACGUACAGAUGCAGGUUUGCAAUGAGAGAAAUUGUCCAGUGAAUGGAAAAUGGACUUCCUGGUCUAGCUGGAGUGCCUGCACUAUGUCUUGUGGAGGUGGUACCCAACAGAGAACAAGAGAUUGCUCAAACCCACCCCCAGAGAAUGGUGGACUCAGAUGUGAAGGGAACGAUCUCCAGGUUGACUUUUGCAACACUGACCUCUGCCCCAGACAUGGAAACUGGGGCCCAUGGAGCAGCUGGGGGAUUUGCAGUCGAACAUGUAAUGGUGGCCAUAUGAGAAGAUAUCGGACUUGUGACAAUCCUCACCCGCUUAAUGGAGGAAGAGCCUGUGCAGGGGCUGAUACACAGACUCAGAGAUGUCAUGCAGAGUUAUGUCCUGUGGAUGGAAACUGGGGUCCAUGGCAGCCUUGGAGUACAUGCUCAGCAACUUGUGGAGCAGGGGAAAAGAUCCGAUCACGAUUGUGCAGCAAUCCACCUGUCUCUAACAAUGGACGUCCUUGUCCUGGAGAUAAAACUCAAAUAUCCAGGUGUAACAUUCAGGCUUGUCCAGGUGGACCCUCACAUGCAAGAGGAAGUGUCAUUGGACAUAUUAAUGAUGUUGAAUUCGGAAUCGCUUUCCUGAAUGCUACCGUAAUAGAUGGUCCAGAUGAGGAUAUUACAAGCGUAGAAGCCAAAAUUACAAAUAUCCCUUGGAAUCUUGGUCCUGUAAUGAGAGUGCUGGUUUCUAUUCUGAGUCCUAUUUAUUGGAUAACAGCCAAGGAAAUUGGAGCAGCUGUGAAUGGCUUUUCGCUCACCAGUGCAGUUUUCAAGCGGGAAACACAAGUAGAAUUUGCUACUGGGGAGCUAGUACGAAUGAAUCAUGUUGCCCGUGGUUUGGAUUCAGAUGGUUCUUUACUCUUGGAUGUUGUCAUCAGUGGCCAUAUACCACAGCUACAGUCAACAGAUGAUGUUAAUGUAAAAGAUUAUAUAGAAGAUUACAUUCAAACAGGCCCUGGUCAGCUGUAUGCUUACUCCACUCGGCUCUUUAGCAUAGAUGGCGUCAGUUUACCAUACACUUGGAACCAUACUAUUACUUACGAUCAAAAUCUUGGGAAAAUGCCUUUCCUGGUUGAAACACUUCAAGCCUCUUCUAUUAAAACAGAAUACAACACACAUGAAGAAGCUCUGACUUUUAAAAUAGCUGCCUCCAUUAUAAAAGGAGAUCACAGCAACCAGUGCCCUAAUGGGUUUAGUUUGGAUUCUUCUGGUCCCUACUGUUCAGAUGAAGAUGAGUGUACAACUCAGAAACCAUGUUCCCAUAUAUGUCACAAUGUUGUAGGAACCUAUUACUGCUCCUGUCCCAAGGGUCUUACUAUAUCAGCAGAUGGAAGAGCAUGUCAAGAUAUUGAUGAGUGUACCUUAGGGAGGCAUUCAUGCUUGGCUGGCCAAGAUUGUGAGAACAUUAUUGGCUCAUAUCACUGUGUGGUUCAAUGUGGGAUUGGUUUUAGAAGAACACCAGAUGGAUUGAGUUGCCAAGAUGUAAAUGAAUGCCAAGAGUCUCACCGUUGUCAUCAGCAUUGCUUCAACACCAUUGGAAGCUUCCACUGUGGAUGUGAUCCAGGCUAUCAGCUGAAAGGCAGAAAAUGCAUGGAUGUGAAUGAAUGCAGACAAAAUGUAUGCAGACCUGACCAAUUAUGCAAGAAUACACGAGGUGGCUAUAAAUGCAUUGAUUUGUGUCCAAGUGGAAUGACCAAAACAGAAAAUGGAACAUGUAUAGAUGUUGAUGAAUGCAGAGAUGGUACUCACCAAUGCCGAUACAACCAGAUAUGUGAAAACUCAAAAGGAAGUUAUCGGUGUGUGUGCCCAAGAGGCUACCGAUACCAGGGAGUUGGAAGACCCUGUGUGGACAUUAAUGAAUGUGAACAAGUGCCUAAACCUUGUGCGUAUCAGUGUGCCAACAUCCCCGGCAGCUUCAAGUGUAUCUGUCCUCCUGGACAACAUUUAUUAGGCGAUGGCAAAUCUUGCGCUGGAUUGGAGAGGUUCCCAAAUUAUGGCACCUAUUACAAUAGCUAUAAUUAUGUUCAGUUCUCCCCCAUGAGAGACAACUAUCGACCUCAACAAUAUAUCAGGCACUCCUCCAAUCUCUACAGCUCCUACUCAGAGUAUAGGAACAGCAGAAUUCCCAUCGCCAGGAGUAGAAGAAAUGUUAGAGUGCCUUGCCCUGAAGGCUAUGAGGCAAGAAAUAACAAAUGUAUAGACAUUGAUGAAUGUGAGAACAGAGGUGUAUGUCAGCAUGAAUGCAGGAAUACCUUAGGGAGUUACCAGUGUUUUUGCCCAUCGGGUUACCGAAUCAUGCCCAAUGGAAAAACAUGUCAAGAUGUAGAUGAAUGCCUUGAACAGAACAUCUACUGUGGACCAAACCGCAUGUGUUUUAACAUGAAAGGAAGCUAUCAGUGUAUAGAAACUCCUUGCCCUCCAAACUACCAACGAGAUCGUCUUUCUGGAUCGUGCCUCAAGAACUGUCCAGCCAAUGACUUGGAAUGUGCUUUGAGCCCUUAUGCCUUGGAAUACAAACUUGUCUCUCUCCCAUUUGGGAUUGCUGCCAAUCAGGAUCUAAUCCGAUUAGUUGCCUACACUGAAGAUGGAGUCAUGCACCCAAGGACCAGUUUCCUUAUGGUGAAUGAGGACACGAGCAUCCCCUUUUCACUCAGAGAUGAGAACUUGAAAGGGGUGGUGUAUACCACGAGGCCUCUGCGAGAGCCAGAGACAUAUCGGAUGAGAGUCAGAGCUCUUUCUUACAGAAGUGAUGGAGCCAUUGAAUAUCAGACCACUUUUAUAGUCUAUAUAGCUGUGUCUGCUUAUCCUUACUAGGAGAAGCAUUGCCCAAAAUAAUCAAAGUAUGUUAACCACUUACAUACAUCCCACUGGGUGUCCAGAAUGACUGCCUCAUGAAUAAAAAAUUGUAGACUGUGCAACUUAGGAGAAAAUGGUGCUAGGUUUCUUAAUUCUGACUGCCAAUCUUGUUGCAAUAAUG